GUCUUUGAUUGUCCAAACGUACCAAUAAACGCGUCUACAAAUCGUCAAUUGCCGUGCUUCAAAAUGUGGAAGAUUUUCGGUCCGCUCUUCCUCAUCUGUCUCUCAUCACACACCCAAGCCAGCUUCUUCCAUGGCCCACCUUCGCCUGUCGCCGUGAAUACCGUCUAUAGCGCUCCACCUACACUCACUUAUGCUGCUGCACCACCUCAACACGUUACAUACUCUGCCCCACCACCACCACACUUCAAAUACGCUACGCAACACAUUAGCGCCUACUCGGCGCCAGCUCCAGUUAUCAAGUAUUCGUUGGGCCCACCUGUAACCACUACAACCACCACCUACUCAGGAUUUGCAGCACCGCCGCAGCAGCCUGUUCUGCACGUGGCCCAGGCACCACAGCCCGUUGUUCACUAUGCAGCACCCCCGCCACCACCACCACCACCGGCUGUAAUUGUAGCCCGUUAUGCUCCACCUCCACCACCGCCGGCAGUCGUUGUGGCCCGCUAUGCUCCCCCCCACCACCACCGCCGCCACCACCAGUCACAUACCACGCACACGCCCAGCCCACCUACACCCGAGUGUCGGUCCAUGCCCCGCCCCCCGUGGUUACCUACGAGGCGCACGCUCCAGCACCGGCUGAGCUACCGUGCGACACCGCCGCCUGGUGAGCCACAUCCGACCCAGACAUACCACACCACUUAGCUAUAAUCAUGUUCAUUUCAAUGCUAAUCGAACGGCAAUUAAUUAAGCGAGAAUUUAUAAGUCCACGAUUAAUAUUUGAUGAUAACAAACAUCUUCCGCGGAAUUUAUGAGACAGCGGCGAGAACGCCAGCGUGUCUAAUUAUGCAACGGAUGGUGCUUAAGAUAGCGCCAGACCAAUACCACCACCACCGAAAAAUGUGUGAGCAAGCCAACCACCUGCUGUGAGAGAUACCGUAAAUAAAUAAAAACAUUAUUAACGUAGCCAACUGAGGUUCGAUUGACCCACCUCAAUGCGAAAUCCAUUGAAGCUGUCAGCGUUAAGCAAAUCGAAAUCUAUCAAAUGGGUCAACCAUACGUAUGUAUGUAUGUAUGUACAUAGUAUACAUAUAUAUACAUACAUAUAUUCGAUCCAUGCAUAAACAUAGCCAACGAUUUUAUUAGCACAAAUUAUAACUGAAUACAUUUCGGAGGAGGUCAGCCACUCCACGAAUCUGUGGAAUGCUCGUUCAGACAAUAGAAGAGAGUAUUUCGGUUUACAGUAAUGCAUAGACUGAAAUGGAUGGAUAUCAGAGAUUAGACAUCGAUGCGUGCUUCAGUUGACUGUUCCAUUCCACUGUACCUUCACUGUUUGCUUUAAUAUUCCAAUUCAUUAUUUCACUCCACUGUUCCUUCCCCCUCUUCCACACCUCUGUCUCGCAGCGUCCUCUCACUCCACUGUUCAAUAUAUACAAGUGCUCAUUAAGCCAAGAUAAAUAUAACAAUUUAGUCAAUAAAAUGUAGAGAGUUACGGCCAACAAAUUUGAUAAAUAAAGCCCAACAAAGAGUACAUUAACAAUCAACUCAGAUAAGUUA